AUGUUACUUUUCUUUAUACCACAAAUUAUUAAUUUUCUUCCUUCAAUACCUCAAUUAUUUCAUUUUAUUCCAUGUCCAAGACAUCGUUUACCAAGAUUAAAUGUUGAUUUAAAUAAAUUGAAUGCAUCUGAAAUUGAAUUUAAAAAAAACGAUUUAAAACCACUUGGUAGGUUAAUGUUACAAUUUUUUUCAGCAAUAAAAUUUAUAAGAUAUCGAGAAUAUAAAAUGAAUGAUAAUGAAAUAAUGAUUGUAACAACAAAUUUUACUAUUAUUAAUACCAUUCUUUGUUGGACUGGUCCGUUAUAUGAAAGAACACUUACAAAAAUUUUAAUAUUUAUACAGAUUGUAUUUUGA